UCCAUAAUAAAAAUUCCCUUCCGAAAGCUGUUAAGGCACAAUCUCAGGUUGUAUCAGCUCUUUUUCAAGGCCUGGCCAGAAAAUUAGACAGUAGCUGGGACUCAAGCCUCAGCCAUCUGGAAAAGCAGUAGACAGAGCUCUAGCAAUGAGUCCCUUUCCAUCUUUGCGACGUCUUUUCCUUUUCAUUCUCCUGCUGGAUCGGAGGGUCUUUGCCUUGGACAAAUACAUUGCAGCAGUAUACGAGCACGCGGUCAUUUUGGCACCUAACACUACCCAGCCUGUUUCUCCCGAAGAGGCUUUAAAAUUUAUGAACAAAAAUAUGGACAUCUUAGAAAAGGCCAUCAAAGCAGCAGCAAAGCAGGGUGCACACAUCAUUGUGACUCCUGAAAAUGGCAUAUAUGGUUUUGGCUUAAGCAGAGAAACCCUUUAUCCCUACCUUGAGGAUAUUCCAGAUCCACAGGUCAACUGGAUUCCAUGCACUGACCCAGAAAGGUUUGGGCGUGCUCCAGUGCAAGAACGGUUGAGCUGUCUAGCAAGGAACAACUCUAUUUAUGUGGUUGCCAGUAUGGGGGAUAAGAAACCAUGUAAUCACAGCACAGACCCCAAGUGUCCCAGCGAUGGUCGCUAUCAGUACAACACAAACGUUGUCUUUGAUUCCGAUGGAAGACUGGUGGCACGAUACCACAAGUACAACCUCUUUAUGGUAGAACUUGAACAGUAUAAUUCCCCUCACGAACCUGAGCUGGUGACCUUUGAUACUGCGUUUGGGAAAUUCGGCACUUUCACAUGCUUCGAUAUACUAUUUCAUGAUCCUGCUGUGGCCUUGGCAAGCGACCCCAAAGUGGACACCAUACUGUUUCCCACGGCUUGGAUGAACGUUCUCCCCCAUCUAAGUGCUGUUGAGUUCCAUUCCGCAUGGGCUAUGGGCAUGCGUAUCAACUUCCUGGCAUCUAAUACUCAUAGUCGUAGCUUGAACAUGACUGGUAGUGGCAUCUAUGCACCAGAUGGAUCCAGAGCAUUUCAUUAUGAUACAGAAUCUGAGAAAGGACAUCUCCUGAUUGCAGAACUUGACUCCCAUCCUCGCACCGUCUUUCCUGCUACUAAUUGGAGCUCGUAUGCCACAACUAUUGAGCCUUUCCACAAAGAACACAGUUUCACUGGAGUCAUCUUCUUUGAUGAAUACACCUUCUCUGAGCUCAGUAAAGAAGCUGACCAUCUUACAGUGUGCCAGAAAGGUCUCUGCUGCCAUUUAAACUACAAGAUGACAGAACAUCGAGAAGAUGAAGUUUAUGUUCUAGGUGCCUUUGAUGGUCUUCAUGUGGUGGAAGGAGAAUAUUACCUACAGAUAUGCACCUUGCUGAAAUGUGGAAGUACAGACCUCCAAAGCUGUGGCCAGCCAGUGACCACUGCUCAAACCCGUUUUGAUUACUUUUCUCUCAGUGGCACAUUUAGCACUAACUAUGUUUUCCCAGAAGUCUUGCUCAGUGGAAUUCAGCUGGCCCCCGAAGAGUAUCAGGUCUUAAGUGACGGCCAGCUGAUUAGCAAGAAUGGUACCUCACAGCCACUCCUAACGGUGACACUUUUUGGGAGGUGGUAUGAGAUGGAUCCUCCGCAUCCGUACUUCCACAGCAGGAGUCUCUGAGCUGUUUGACGCAUGUCAGCUUGCAGUUUCCAUUACCACACACUAUGAGAUGCUAUUCCUGACUUUUUUGGCUAUUGUUAUCACUGGGCUGUAACUAAUGAGUUUCAUAGUUGCCUUUGACUGACUGUGAUUCGACCGUGUGGAACGAUGGUCACAACACACACGGCAUUGGCUGUCACAUUACAAAGAACUCAAUUCUUCUAAAGCUUAUACCAAAGAAUAAAACAUUUUGUUGUUCUUGA